AUGCGUCAACAAAUGCUGUGGAGCGAAUCGGAAUCCGAACCGGAUGCGUUCUGCGCAGAAUCAAUGGUGCUGCUGAAUUCUAAAGAGACUCAAGCAGAACUUGGCUGGACAUCGUACCCCCCAAAUGGAUGGGAGGAAAUCAGCGGGGUGGACGAGCGCUACAAGCCCAUCCGCACCUACCAGGUGUGCAACGUGAUGGAGCCGGUGCAGCAGAACAACUGGCUGCAGACGGGCUGGGUGCAGCGUCGCGGCGGCCAGCGCAUCUUCGUGGAGCUGCAGUUCACGCUGCGCGACUGCAACAGCAUACCCGGCGUGGCGGGCACCUGCAAGGAGACCUUCAACCUGCUGUACGUGGAGGCGGAGCGCGACCUGGGCGGCGUGACGCGCGAGGACCGCUACACCAAGGUGGACACCAUCGCGGCCGACGAGAGCUUCACCCAGGGGGACCUGGGCGAGCGCAAGAUGAAGCUCAACACGGAGGUGCGGGAGAUCGGCCACCUGAACCGCAAGGGCUUCCACCUGGCCUUCCAGGACGUGGGUGCCUGCGUGGCCCUGGUGGCCGUGCGCGUGUACUACAAGCGCUGCCUGGCCACGGUGCAGAACCUGGCCGUGUUCCCCGACACGGUGGCGGAGGCGGCGUUCGCCACGCUGGUGGAGGUGCGCGGCGCCUGCGUCAACAGCUCGGAGGUGGACUCGGACAGCCCUCCCAGGAUGCACUGCAGCGCCGAGGGGGAGUGGCUGGUGCCCAUCGGGAAGUGCAGCUGCAGCGCCGGCUACGAGGAGGGCCACAGCAGCUGUGAAGAGACCGGGGGCCCCGAGAGCAAGGUGCCCCCCUGA